AUGAAGCUUAAGAUCAAAGCCCCGAUGAGCAAGGAUGCCAACGCCACCGCUCCUAGAGCGCGGGACGUGAUGGAAUACAUAGGAAGCGUCGCGCCUAUAUUUGCAAGAGCACAGUCAUCAUGUAAGGAAUCUGUCAACCAAGCUCCUCAGGGAUCUUGGUUUGAAAACGUGUUACCAUGGUGGAAGAGAAGAAAUCAUCCUAAUGUUCUCUUUCUCAAGUACGAAAAUAUGAAGAAGGAUCUUACAGGAGCCAUACAACAGAUAGCCGAAUUCAUGGGGAAGACCCUUUCUGAUGACGUCAUAGAUAAAAUCGCAGAAGCUUCGACGUUUAAAGCAAUGAAAAACAAUCCUUCAUCAAACCCAGAUACUAUUCUAAUGAAGGAUAUAGAACAGGCUGGAAUGGAGAAACCAAAAGACAAAUCAUUUAUGAGGAAAGGUGUGGUAGGAGACUGGAAGAAUUAUUUCACUGAUGACCAAAAUAAACGAUUUGAUGAACUGUACAAGAAGCAAAUGGCGGGCUCUGGACUUGAAUUCGAAUUUUAGGAUUGCUCUUAGGAAAACAUUUCAAUCAGUUCCAUAUUCAACAUGAAUGAUAGAGCAUAUUGAAAUAUUAUUGUGGUUUUUAUUGAAUAAAAAUAGCUGCAUGUUGAUAGGCAUUAUGUAUUUUCCAUAACAGUACUUUUCCCCCUUCUAAUUAAACACAUUAUAUAUAUAUAUAUAUAUAUAUAUUGUGAAAGAAAUGAAUAUAGGGAAUAAUGGUAGGCAAAGCUCGAUUAUUUUUUUCACAACAUAUUUGAAUUAAAAUAGUUCCGAAAGCUUAUAUACAUAUAUAAUGUCUCACAUGUUAUGAUAAUAUCAUGUGUAUAUUUUAUAUCGGUAUACAGUGCGUCCCACAAAAAACGAAACCGAGAUUUAUCGAUGAUUUAUCAUAAUUUAAUCACAAAUACAAUAGGAAAAUGACUUACCAUUGUAAAGCUUAGAAUCUCCUCUUUCAUCUGAAAUUAAUUUCUCAUUCACGCAUGGGUAAGCAAAAACAAUUUGAAGAGGGGAAACCAAAAAGUCAUUUGGCGGGCUGUAUCUGGGUUUCAAAAAGAAAACCGCAUUUUUACAAAGUUCAAUAUCUGCUCUUUGAUUUGAUACCUCAAUUACAGAAAAUGGUCAAGAAAAAACAAAGUUCUGACUAUUUGAAAUAAGGCUUGAAUUUCAUAAAAUUAAGAGGUUUUACAGGCAAGCGUUCAAACUCACUCGACACUCCGUUUUGUUGACGAUCAGCAAUGCAUUAAGUCUUUUAUUAACCAUGCGAUAGCUUCUGUGGGAAACCGGUGAAAACACGUUUAUUUAAUGAAAUUAUGGAAAUACAAGCGGUUUUUCGAGGGAAGAUAACUUUUUUACUUCUUGACCAUCUUUUGUGAUUUAGGUAUCAAAUAAAAGAGCAGAUAUUGAACCUUUUAGGCAUGUGAUUUUCUUUUUGAAAUUCAGACACCCCCGCCAAAUAAGAUUUUGGUAUCCUUUCUUCAAAUUGUUUUUGCUCAUUCGUGCAUGAAUGAGGAAUAAUCUAAGUAAUAUCAGAUGAAAGAGGAGGCUUUAAGCUUUACAUUGGUAGGUCAUUUGUCUAUCAUAUUUGUGAUUAAGUUAUGAUAAAUCAUCGAUUAAUCUCGGUUUCGUUUUUUCUGGGACGCACUGUAUAUCGGUUUUGUGAAUAUGAUUUAUAAUAUAACAACUAUGACUGAAGACAGUAAUAUCGGAUUAAAAAAAGUAGUUUGACAGUGUGUAAUUUGAGUCGUGCAGAAAAAUCUUGUAUUUUAAUAUUGGUAAAAUUGGUAAAUAUUUUUUUCUAAUGUUAAGAUUCAUGGCCUUCUGUGUAUUAAUUGGUUAAUGAGACAUGUUCAAGAGGUAUGUACAUAAUUUCAAAAUGCUCCGCUACCAUUGUCAAUAGAUCAAUAUGAUUCGGCUCGCGGCUUUGCGCUCGCAUUAUUCAUUUAACGAGAUAGCCCUUAAACAUGUUAAAAUGUCAACUUAGCAGGUGAAUAUAUUAAGAGAUUUUAGCUCACGCUUCACGCUUGCUUUAUUUCUUUUACAAGAUAUGCCACAGGACAAUGUUACAUGUUUACUAUUACAAAAUAUGCCUAAAAAAGUGCAUCCUUCUUGGGUCAAAAGCUCAAAUCUAGUGAGAUUCGUAUCAUGUUCAUGAAUCUCACAUUAUUUCUUCCGACAGGCCUGCGUCGAAAUAUGGGAAAUUUCAAUACCUACAACAAACUAAAAUGAGCCAUGGGUCGUUCAGUCAUGGGAUGUUUUAAAGGAAGUGAGUUGUCUCACUCUUG